CUCUUCUCUUCCUUUCUCCUUUACUUCAUCCAUUCUUUUCUUCACAAAUUUUCUUCUCUUCCUCACUUCCUGCCACAAUAAUCAACAACCCUUAUAAUAAUAAUGGAAUUAAUGUUUCUGCCACCACCACCACCAUGGCUCGAACAACUAUUGUCAACCACCUUCUUCACCAUCUGCGAGUCCCACAUCGACGCCCCCAGAAACGAGUGCAACAUGUACUGCCUCGAUUGCACAGACCAAGCAUUUUGUUUUUAUUGCAAACAAUCUUCGCAUAAGGAUCAUCAAGUAAUUCAAAUAAGGAGGUCGUCGUAUCAUGAUGUUGUGAGGGUAACGGAGAUUCAGAAGAUUUUGGAUAUCAGUGGAGUUCAAACGUACGUGAUUAACAGUGCUAGAGUUCUUUUCCUCAAUGAGAGGCCUCAGAAUCAGCCUAAGACCAAUAAUGCUAUUGUUAGUGGCAAAAGUAACUCCCAUUUGUGUGAAAUUUGCAGAAGGAAUCUCUUGGACCCUUUUCGUUUCUGUUCUUUGGGAUGCAAGCUUGUGGGAAUAAAGAAGAAUGGGAACGCGAGGUUUGUCUUGAGCGCAAAGAAAGACGAAGAAAUAGGGAGAAUGCAUGAAGGAAUAGCAAGGUUGGCAUCAAAGGAAGAAUUGCGUGAAGGAAUCCACAAACAAGUGUACCAAAGCACGCCUUCUCAUGUAUCUCUACAAGUUUGCUCAAAUUCAAGGAGAAGAAAAGGGGUACCUCAUAGGGCACCUUACCUUUAGGCCCAUAAUUAAGGCUUUAAUUUUGGUAUUAUUAUUAUUAUUAUGGUUUGCAUGAUUAAUUAGUUUGAAGCUCUUUAUCCAGCUCAUUCCUCACAAUCCCCAUGUGGUUAUGAGUAGUAACCAAAGGUCUCUUAAUGGGGCAUUAAUUUAUGUACAAAAAGGAGAGCGGAAUGGUUUAUGUUACUUUUGAGCAUAGCCUGGCUUUGGGGGCAAUAAUGCUUUGCUUUGCAUUCAUUAAUAAAUGUUUUGAAACAUGCUAGGUGUAAAUGUCCCCUCUACACAUGAAUGGUUUCAUGUAACAAGGAAAACGACUUCUUUCUUUUUC